CCCGUCAGCAUCACUGUCUCUGUACUCUGUUGACUGGCAUGAUGUUAAUUAGGGAUUGUAGCCGCCAGCGCUCGUAUAUGAAGUGGAGUUUGGUAUAAAAGAUGCAGAUUCUGGAUAAUUGGUUAUAAUCACUAAUCCUACGCACGCGCACUACUUCUCGCAGUCAAAAUAUGAACGCCGGUAAAGGUGUAGUGCUAAUCAUAACAUCAUGCAGAAUUAUCAUUGUUGCCAGUUGGCCCUUCUUUUGGGUAACGCCGGUAUUUCCUCAUUCUCCUUCACCAAUAUUUCCAGCAGUGUCGUCAGAAAGCUCAGUGGAUUUAAGCAGUGGUCGCCAAAUCAGUAGCUUUGUUGGAGAUUAUGAAAAUGUAACGGCGAUUCUAGAGCAAAUGUAUGCCAAUUGGUCAGCUGACGGAUCUGUAGUUAUUUUAUUGACAGCAGCGGAAGUGGACUCGAAGUAUUUACCCGUAAAUAUAUUCGACGGACUUAAUCAGCAUAUAAAAUACUACUAUGUAUUACUACAGCGUAAAGGAUACUCGCUAUAUAAAGUGAUUAAAAAGGCUUUAUUGCAGGGAAAGCCAAUGCAGACUGGGUAUCACAUGAUAUUUAAGCCAGUUGGUAAUUUCUCAAUCGAUUUUGGUUUCACUUUCAAUUUUGGAACAAGCGGAAGUGUAAAUUUUACUUGAAUUGUUUUUAAACAGCCAUUUGGCAGCAAAUAAAUGCUUAAU